UGCUGAGGCAACAGUCGGGGUUAUAGCAACGGAAAAGCCCAUCACAGAGAGACAACGGGACGGCUGUGAGAGGGACGCUGUCGCACCUCAGUCUUUCUGUAAGGUGGUCCACCACAACCUGAUUUGAACAGUUCACACCAACAUACACGCAGCGAAGCAGGAGGAUGGCAGUGAAUGUCUACUCCACCUCUAUGACCAUAGAGAACCUGAGUCGCCAUGACAUGUUGGCAUGGGUCAACGACUCUCUGCAACUCACUCACACAAAGAUCGAGCAGCUCUGCUCGGGUGCUGCUUACUGUCAGUUCAUGGACAUGCUGUUUCCAGGGUGCAUAUUAAUGAAGAAAGUCAAGUUCAAUGCUAAACUGGAACAUGAAUACAUCCACAAUUUCAAGGUCUUACAGGCUUCAUUCAAGAGAAUGAAUGUGGACAAGAUCAUCCCUGUGGAGAGGCUGGUGAAGGGGAAGUUCCAGGACAACUUUGAGUUCCUUCAGUGGUUUAAGAAGUUUUUUGAUGCUAACUAUGACGGGAAAGAAUACGACCCUCUGAUGUCACGGCAGGGCCAGGAGGGAACGCCGCCUCCGCCCAACCCAGGUGAACCCAUUCUCCACAAACCCAAAAGACGCUCUCGCCCAGGCCCCAUGAGAACAUCUCCCACAGCACCGAAGAAUGUCCCCACCCCCCAGAGGCAGAUUAACGUAACAUCAGCCCGCAGGUCUGCUCCCCUGACCCGCAAUGGAGGAGACGCUGAGCUCAUAGAGCUCAACCAGCAGCUGCUGGACAUGAAGCUGACUGUAGACGGACUGGAGAAGGAGAGGGACUUCUACUUCGGAAAGCUGAGAGACAUUGAACUCAUCUGCCAGGAAAACGAAAAUGAAAACCCAGUCCUCAGCAAAAUCAUGGACGUACUGUACGCUACAGAGGAAGGAUUCGCACCACCAGAUGAUGAGGACAUUGAGGAAGGGGCACAGGGAGACCAGGAGGAGUUCUGAACUCUUCUUCCUCUCUGCACUAUCCUUCCACCACCUCUCACCCUUUAACCUACCUGAUAAUUAUUAUCAUAACCCCUCUUUUUCCCAUUUUAUUUUUUUCAACUCCCCUUACUUCUCCCAUCCUAUUUUUCGGCUGUCCAUAUCCAUGACAACUUUGUUGCACAGCCUUGCUUCCCAAACUCUUACUAGCAAAGGACUCUUGACCCAGACCUGUCUGGACUCUGGCCCAGCAGCCUGGCUCGGCUCACUCGACGUAUUCUAACCUGUUACCAGAGGG